AUGGACGUAAACUUUCGGAGGGGUCCUCGUGGAUUUUUGUUGGAUCUGCGCUUGGCCCCACUGGCGGCGCCUCCAGGCUCGCCCCAGGUACUUCUCCGAACGCCAGGGAGGGGGGUCCAACCUUGGAAAGUUUAUGUAUGUGCAGUUUGUCUUGCUUCGACAAUCGACGAGCUCAAGCAGACGGUCGAGAACGCCGUUGGUGAGAACAAGGAGAAGCUCCUCGCGGAGCUCGACAAGCUGGAGAAGGCGUACCCAGCGGCGGCGGAGCUGAAGGAGAAGUUCCUGGACCAGUGGGACAAGAUCGUUGAGGCCGUGAACCUGGACGAGGUGAAGAAGCAGGUGGCGGAAUGCACCGAGGACGUUACCUCGUGCGCUCAGGACAAGCUCAAGGAGGUGCAGGGCAAGAUGGAGGAUGCGCUGAAGGCUCAUGGCGUCACCCUCGACGGCAUCAAGAAGCAGGCCGAGGAGUUCUGGAGCAAGUUCCAGCUGGAACUUCCUGACAUGGACGACCUCAAGAGUAGUGUGGCAGAGUAUGGCGAUCAGGCCAAAGCGGCCUGGGAGGAGUUCAAGGAAUCGCACGACAUCUCGUCUUUGGCUGACGCAGCAGGAAGCAUUAUUAACAAUGCUUUCGGCACAGUAUCGGGCUGGUUCAGAUGA